GCCACAAUGAUCAACGCGGUUCUGGUCUUCAACAACAACGGUGAGCCGAGGCUCACCAAGUUCUACACCCAAAUCGACACCCAAGCAAAGAAAGAAUUGAUCGGCCAAAUCUAUGAUCUCGUGUCGCGACGACCGCCAACCGCCUGCAACUUCCUUCCUCUCCCCCCGAUGCUGUCGCGUGGGGCCAUGUCCACCGUGGAGCUUGGCCCGUCCGAUGCCCCGACACAAGUCAUCUACCGGACCUACGCCACGUUGUCGUUCAUCAUGAUCGCCACGUCUACGGAGUCUCCGCUGGCGCUGAUCGACCUCAUCCAGGUCUUUGUCGAGUCCCUGGACCGGAUGUUCGAGAACGUCUGCGAGCUUGAUCUCAUCUUCGGGUUCGAGUCGAUGCACGCCGUGCUGGCGGAGAUGAUCAUAGGCGGGGUGGUGUUGGAAACCAACACGGAGAAGAUCGUGGCGAGCGUGCGAAGCCAAGAGGGCCCGGCGGCCAAACGAUCCAUUCACACCGCCGGCGCGAGUAUGGGGCGUGGUGGGCUGCCUGGCUUGGGUGGCUGGCGAUGAGCUGGGACGGCGACAAGCCGGGACUAGUGAUUGUGGUCCUUAUGAUAGUGGUCAUGGACGAGGUAUUUCGAAUGCCAACCUUGCUUUACCGGGAAGCACACUGGUAUGGAGUGCGGCUGAGUAGAGACAUGCUGGUCCCGGAGACGUGCGGAUUCAAUGCUAGUACGCAGACCGAAUUGGCCACGAGGCAGCACCGACCAGGCGAGCUCGUUUCCCAAGAGUUUCGACUUUAUUCUACAGCUGGAAUAGACGGUACCAGUCAGCGGGAAUUGACGGGACCCUGCCAAUUACACUGGGUGCAGCGCAGCCAUGGGCAUUCUGGAACCUGCCCCGCUUGAGAAACUGGAGCAGCGCACCGCACUCAAAUAUGGCAGACACGUUUGAAACUCGACAGAGAAGCACUGUCAGUAAUAGAAAGUGUUGGGCCUAGUUAGCAAGGAUAGCUCACUCUGACAACCUGUUUGUUUCCAUGCGCAGCGUGAAUUGAUUUUAAUGCGAGCCAUGCAGCAAUACC